AUGGCAGCGUCGACCCCGUUCGCGUCCGUCGCACGGUCGCACCACGCCCGACGUCGGAGUGAUCCGUCUCGUCGUUCCGGACUGCACUGCUUAAGGCUGGUACUUCCGCUGGCUAUCCUCACACUCGGCAGCUGCUCCUUGUGGAUUCUGCUCGCGGACUCCAAGUCAAUCAACAGCAAUCAUCCCGAUCCUUCCGAAAUCAUUGCUCUCGCAGCCACGUUGGAAACCACGCAACAACGCCACACGCGUGUAGUCACCUCCGGAGUAACGGCUACUCCCAAUCUUCUACCCCCUUCCCUACCCGGGACCUUGGCCGACUUUCGUCACCAACCCCGGGUGCCCUUGGAACCUCCCGUUCGACUCUGGAACCAAUCCAAACAUGAUUACGAUCUGGUACACGUCAUUUUGACACGCUUCCAACAACACCAGGCCGAUUUGGAGCAUUUGGGACGCGCUCGUUGGGAGCUCUUUCGGACCUUUUGUGCACCGUCCCUGCGCGCACAGACCAACCAACAAUUCCUUUGGAUUCUACGGGUCGAUCCCGAUCUCUCACCAGCAUUGAAACGAGAUUUGUUACGCACGGUGGAUGGCAUGGACAACGUACUCGUUGUGGCAUCGAACGGAUCACAGGAAGAUGGUCUCCGCAAUCCACACGGCAAUCGCGAUAUUACCCAACCCAACGUGAGCAACAACAGUAGUAACAACACUACUGGUAGUACUUCCGUUUGGUACGGCAGUGUGGAAACCUUUCGAUCCUACCAGGAAGCGAGUCAAACACGCAUGGUAUUGGAAACCAAUCUGGAUGCCGAUGACGGACUGGCAGUGUCCUUUGUGGAAACGCUCCAACGUCAAGCGGACGCCACUUUUCACACGACGAGUCACACCGGGACCACGGUGGAGAGCGACACCGGUAGCUCGUUCGACCCAAACAUUGCGUGGCGCAUAUAUUGCGUGAAUCAUCACGUCACCUGGCAAUUCUGGGCACCGUGGAGGAAGACCAACGACGAUACCAACAACGAUAGGAGUACCGUGACGGAACGAGGCAGUCUAGAAGCCCAACACGACUUGGACAUUUGUGUGACACCAGGUCUAACUUGGGCUUCUCGACCACGCACCCCUCAAACCUUUAAGUACAUGCGUUGGCAUUGGCGUAUUCGUGGGACUCUACCCCGGUGUUCCGACGACCAUGAAAACAACGAAAACAACAAAAACAACCGUACCACGGCACUUUCGGGAUGCUGGUCCUACGUGCGUCCGGUCCAAACGGUAGAAGGGACGUCCAGCGUCUCGCAAUCCGUUCUCUCCUCAGUCGACUUUUCACCCUUGGCCAUCCGGGCACGGACUCCUACCAGCGCCGGUAUGAAUGACGUUGCAACGGUUGGCGGGACCGUCUCCACAUCAACCGCUCGAGCCAAAUUGCAACGCCAACAACAACAAGAUGACUUGCUUUGGCGAGACAACGUGGCCGAAACGAUUUUUGGUGGAAACACUACGACUAUCGUUGAGGCUCGAGAAAACAUGCAGACCCACUUGGUAGACAUUGUGCAAGACGCCCUGCAAGGUCAAUGCACCAAGGGACAUUCGUGUCACAACAAGAGCAAACUUGCUCUGACCCGAUUGUUGGAACAGUGA